AUGAACGCUCUAAGUAAAUUUAGCUAAAACGCUAAAAUUAAAUUUGCUGAUGCGAACAUUAAACUAUAAAUUAUUCGAAACUAUAAGUUAAAAUUUAGUGGCGAAUUUUGUAUUAUUUAAAAAUACUUUGACUUUCCUAUUGUCUUCUCUAUCAAUCUAGCUUUUAACAAAUGCAGUUCUUACGAUCGCAAUCGACGUUCCAUGGCCCAACAAUCACCGAUUUUACAAAGGGAGUUUUAUAAACGAAACGAGGUCUGCGAUUCGAAAAAAUAAAGAACUGUUACAACCACAGAAAACCAAAGAAAUUAAAAAUACAAUGGACAAAUAUGUGAGAAUAAGAAAAGAUGAAAAUAUAGAUCCUUGGAACUCAUCAAAAGAUACUGAUCGAAUACAAUUUCAAUUGGAAGGCCAUGAAGGACCAAAAACGUACAUAUUUGGAUUCGAUACUGGAAAUGGAAAGAAUAGACAAUAUAGAUUAGAAGAGAGACAUCGCGAUGGUACGAUAAAAGGUCAAUAUGGUUAUUAUGAUGCAACUGGGAAAUUAAGGAAGAUUCAAUAUGUAGCUAAACCUUUCGAAGGAUAUACUGAAAUACAUCACGAAAGUAAUGCAGAAAAGAUAGAAAAUUAA